GUCAUGGAAGUGAUUCACUAUCCUAGCGACGACGGGGAAGGAGGAAUAGCGAUUGGCAGGUAUUGGAUGCGGGGGAGUAUUCCCCACAUGUUAGGUUGGUUUGAAUGACUGGGGCGACGGUGUUAUGCAAGGGUCGGCAAAUAUUGGUGCCAGUUCUGGGAUCGACAUUGCAAUGUGAUGGGUGACGAGAAAGAGGAGGGUACUUCAUUUAGAACUCCCGACGCUGCUGUGAGAACCUCCUUUCAGGCGGGUAUUUCAGGUUCUGUGGAUGUCGAGUAACAUCUUUUCAGCAUCUUCCUUCCUUCUCUGCCACUUGAGUCUUUCUGAUCUAAAUCAGCUUCGACUUGAGGUCGUCCAACUAUCAAGAUGCCCGAAGCCUCGACCGGCACAACCUUGAGAGAGAACUGGAAAUGCAUCGCGGCAUGUACUCUUGUGUCCAUGUCACCAUUCCAGUAUGGUAUUGACUUUGGUCUCAUCGGUGGUUUACAAGCUAUGCCUGGCUUCCUAGCAGUUUUCGGCCACAGAGACCCCAACAGUCCCAUCGGCUACAACAUCUCCCCUGGACGCCAACAACUCAUCUCGUCCCUAAUGACGCUCGGUGCCUUCAUCAGCUCCUCCAGUGCCGGCAUUCUCGCAACAUGGAUGGGCCGUCGCCCCUGUCUCUGGAUGGCGUGUCUCCUCUGCUGCGUCUCCAACAUCGUCAUGAUGACUACCACAAACCUGCACGGCAUCUACGCAGGUCGUUUCCUCAUCGGCGUCGCAAACGGCUGGUUCAUGACCUUCGCACAGCUCUACAUUCAAGAAUCCUCACCAGCCCGCUACCGCGGCCUCCUCAUCGCCGUUUUCCAAUUCUGGACAUCCAUCGGUACCCUUAUUGGUACAGUCGUCGACAACUUUACUGCGCCGAUUUCAGGCAAGGAAUCCUAUCUCAUCCCCUUGGGCAUCAUCUACAUUGUGCCUGCAUUCAUGUCUGUCGGAAUGAUCUUCAUCCCCGAAUCCCCCCGCUGGCUUCUGUACCAAGACAAAGAAGAUGAAGCGCGUAAGUCGUUGCUAUGGAUGCGUCCCAACAAAGCUGGAGUGGAGCCAGAAAUCGCGGACAUUCAAUCCGCAAUCCUCGCCGAAAAAGAACUCGCAAGUUCGGCGAGCUUCAUCGAUAUUAUUAAAAACCCGACCGAUCGACGCCGCAUGCUAUUAGCCGUGGGCGCGGUGUCGACACAAGCGGCUAGCGGUGCGAUGUUUAUGAUUGCGUAUGGAACGUAUUUCUUUGAAAUGGCACACGUCGGCAACGCGUUCCAAAACACGUGCAUCCUGACUGCCGUCGGCGUUGUCGUUAUCAUUAUAAACUCCUGCGUGAUCUCGCGGUACGGCCGGCGCCGGGUAUUCCUCAUGGUCGGGAUGUCUAUCUGCGGAGUCUCGCAAUUCAUAGUCGCAGCGGUAUACCACGUUCAUCCAGGCACUAUCUCCACCGGUAAAGUCAUCGUCGCGAUGUCAGUGAUCUACAUCUGCGGAUACAACGGUAUGGUAGCUACAUAUGCGUGGCUCGCAGGCGGAGAAAUCCCAAGCCAGAGGCUGCGGUCAUAUACGUUUGGGAUUGCGGCGGCGGUUGGCUUUGCGGGGGCUUGGUUGGCAACUUUUACGGCACCGUAUUUUAUUAAUCCGGAUUCUUUGAAUUGGGGGCCUGAGUAUGGCUGGAUAUGGGGACCCAGCUGCCUCCUCACCGUCGCUUGGAUAUACUUCUUCCUCCCCGAAAUCAAAAACCGCACGCUGGAAGAAAUCGACGAGAUGUUCGAGGCCAAACUCGCAGCACGCAAGUUCCGAAAAUACGUGUGCACUGGCCGUCAUAUUACAGAUGAUAAAUUAGAAGGGCUGGGGAGGAAGAGUACAGAGGAGAAUGUUUGGGGGAAUGAGAAGGCUGUUGCGGAGGCUGCUGUGUAUAUCGAGUAGGUGAGGUGGUAGGGAUGAGGCGGGGAAAAGAA